AUGAAGGCUUUCAAGUCCUAUUUCACGCCCGACCAGGCGCCGGGUAAGGCUGCCACCGAAGCUCCGAAGCCUGACACACUCCAACCGGCGACUCCUUCGCCAAAACUGCAGUCUUCCGAGAAGCCAGCGCCCUACCGAAACUACAGCAACAGAACGUCCGCCCGGCAUUCGACAGUGAGCUUGGCGCUCACGGCGGGAAUGAGGGACAAGCAUGCUAGCAGUAUCCACGAUCUCAGGGCGGAUGUCACGGUACACAGCUUGUAUCAGGACCAGCUCAGGAAGAUGUACGCUUCAGCUUGGAAUCUUGGGGAGGGCUGCGUUCUCAAGAAGGGGCGCAAUGACUACGUCUGCGCCCCUCCUCAACUGUCAACCAUCCCGAAUGGGUUCUUCGAUAUGGUCAGCCAGCUCAACGUGAGCUGCGCCAUGACUGUCAAUACACCCGUGAUUCAAUCCAUCAUUCAUGGACUCAUGAACAGUGGAGAGCCCAUGAACUCGAUCCCUCUCUCAGGAGGCCUGCAGCUGCAGGUCCUCCCGAGGAUGACGGACCUGCCCCGGUGCCAAAAGCAUCAUUUCGCAGCCUUCAUUCUUGACCCUCCUCUUCUGGCUGUCUGGGACGAUGACGCGAACAAACUCCACGACCGUGCAGAGAGCUUGGAACAGAUGAUCAUCGCUCACAUUUGGCGAAGUGACCCCAUUGAUGAGGAGGAAGGUGAUGAGAAGAAUGAGAAGCAGCCCGGAGUCAACGUUGAGGAGCUCUCGCCUGCGGCGCUUGAAGAGGCUCUCAAGACCGAAGCCCGGCCAACGCGGGUGAUAAGUUCCGCUCUCGUGGCAUUGGCCCUCGGCCUCAGCUUCACGUGCUUGGGUCUCGGCUGGCGAAGUCUGGCUUUGGAACUUGCUGUCGAUGGCGACUACACGCGGUUGGCGUUGUUGGCAGUGGCGCCGGUUACCCUCUUCAUCAGCUUGUUCUUCUUCAUUUCCAUUUCUGGAAUCAUCUUCCAGAUUUUUGGUCCCAUCUCCUCUAUCCACGCCAACUCCUCAAACUAUUCUGGAAAGCCUCCUCGCCGGCUCAGCCCUCACCGAGAACAGCUUCCUCAUGUGACCAUCCAGAUGCCAGUAUACAAGGAAGGCCUGAGCGCCGUCAUCAAGCCCACAGUUCUUUCGCUGAAGGCCGCCAUCUCGACUUACGAGAUGCAGGGCGGUUCCGCCAACAUCUUGGUCAACGACGAUGGUAUGCAGCUCCUCGACGAGGAAGAGGCCGCGGCCCGUAGGGAGUUCUACGACGAGCAUAACAUCGGAUGGGUUUCCCGCCCUGGCCACAAUCCGAAGCCUGAGGAUCCCGCCGAGAAGCCCUUCCUUCGCAGGGGCAGAUUUAAGAAGGCCUCCAACAUGAACUACGCCCUAAUGACAAGCAACAAGCUCGAAGAGAAGCUCAAGCAGAUCAACCGUGGCAGCAGCUGGAACCAGGAAAGCGAAGACAAGGUCUACGAACAGGCCUUGGCACAAGUCAUUGACGAAUCCGAGGGCCGAACCUGGGCCGGUGGCAACGUUCGCAUUGGCGACUACAUUCUUCUUAUCGACUCCGAUACCCGUGUUCCUCGUGACUGCCUGCUGGAUGCUGUUAGCGAAAUGGAGGCCUCUCCAGAGGUGGCCAUCCUUCAGUACACUUCCGGUGUCAUGAACGUCUCGGACUCGUUCUUCGAGAAGGCCGUCACCUGGUUCACAGAAAUGAUUUACACCAUGAUCACUUUUAACGUCGCCAAUGGUGAUAUCUCCCCCUUCGUCGGCCACAACGCCGUGCUCCGCUGGUCCGCCAUUCAGGAUGCUGCUUCCUACAUGGAUCACGAGGACGGCUACGAGAAGUUCUGGUCCGAGUCCCAUGUUUCCGAGGAUUUCGACAUGGCUUUGCGUCUCCAGACAGCUGGUUACACCAUCCGAUACGGCGCCUAUACCGGCGACGGCUUCCAGGAGGGAGUGUCCCUGACUGUUUAUGACGAGCUAGCCCGCUGGGAGAAGUACGCCUACGGCUGUAACGAGCUGCUCUUCCAUCCCUUCCGUUUCUGGCCUACCCGUGGUCCCUUUACGCCUCUCUUCCGCAAUUUCUUGACCUCCAAUAUUGCCUUCUUCAGGAAGUUGACGAUCCUGUCCUACAUUGGCACGUACUACGCCAUCGGGGCCUCGUGGCUGCUGACCCUGGCCAACUACUUCAUCACUGGUUGGUUCAACGGCGUGUACGACAAGUACUAUCUCGAUUCAUUCGCCACUUACUUUUCCAUCAUCAUUGUGUUCCCGCUCUGCGGUAACGUUGCCCUCGCUGUCCUUCGGUACAGACUGGGUCACCAGUCCCUCAUCGGAGCCCUGUGGAACAACUUCAAGUGGAUGCCGAUUUUCUCCAUCUUCCUUGGCGGCAUCUCGCUGCACGUCUCCAAGGCCCUGCUCUGCCACUUCUUCGAGAUCAAUAUCCAGUGGGGCGCCACGUCCAAGGAGGUUGAGCGCUGCAACUUCAUUGAGGAGAUCCCCAAGAUCAUCAAGAACUUCGCGGGCACCUUCGUCUACACCUUCGCCGUGACGGCCCUCAUUGUCUGCGGGUACUACGUCUUCCCUCCCCAGUGGCAGAUCCACACCUUCGCAACCAUCUUCCCCCUGUGCGUCUCCAUUGUGUCGCACUUUGCGCUGCCCGUGCUCCUGAACCCGGCCUUGAUGAAGUUCACCUUCUAA